AUGUCUGUCACCCUUGGAUGCCGUACUUACAAUGAUUUAAAUCAAUACCCAAUAUUUCCUUGGGUCAUUGUAAACUAUGAGUCAAAGGAACUAGAUCUCAGCCAACCAAGCAACUUCAGAGAUCUUUCCAAGCCUAUUGGAGCACUAAAUCCAGCAAGAAAGAAAUUCUUUGAUGAACGUUAUGCUACAUGGGAGCAUGAACAAAUCCCACCAUUCCAUUAUGGAACUCACUAUUCAACUGCCGCCUUUACUCUCAAUUGGCUUAUAAGAUUGGAACCAUUCACAACUCUAUUUUUGAAUAUGCAAGGUGGAAAAUUUGACCAUGCAAACAGGACAUUUUUUUCUGUCAGUCAGGCUUGGAAAAACUGCCAGAGAGAUACUUCUGAUGUGAAGGAACUUAUACCAGAAUUCUAUUACCUACCUGAAAUGUUUGUUAACCAAAACACAUAUAACUUUGGAGAACAAGAUGACAAUAUCAAAGUGGAUGAUGUCUGUCUGCCACACUGGGCACGAACUCCUGAUGAUUUUGUCCGCAUCAAUAGAAUGGCCCUGGAGUCAGAGUUUGUGUCUUGUCAACUGCAUCAUUGGAUUGACUUAAUAUUUGGUUACAAACAAAGAGGACCUGAAGCAGUUAGAGCUACCAAUGUUUUUUAUUAUUUAACAUAUGAAGGAAGUGUCAACCUUGAAUCUAUGACUGAUCCAGUUAUGAAAGAGGCCAUUGAAAACCAAAUCCGUAGUUUUGGUCAAACCCCAACCCAACUUCUAACUGAACCUCACCCACCAAGGAGUUCUUUAAUGCAUUUGACUCCCAUGAUGUUUAGCAGUGUACAAGACGAUCUUUGCAUGCUAAUGAAAUUCCUCUCCAACUCGCCAAUCACACAUGUGGCGGCCAACACUCAUCCAAUGGUUCCAACUCCAGCAGUAAUCACAAUUACCUGCAACCAUAACUUUGCUGUCAACAAGUGGAAUCCAAAUUACCAGCAGCAAGGAACACCUACAAGUUUCUCUUCUGACAAACAUGAAAAAGAUGCUGAACUACCAGUUCUCAUGGAUCAUCUGUUUGCUCAGAAUACUGGUCUACAUCGAAGAACGCUCGGGGAUAACUUUGAUCAACGGCUCAAAGUCACUCACUCAAGUUUUGUCACUACAGCGGAUAACAGGUUCAUUUUUGCUUGCGGAUUUUGGGAUAAAAGUUUCCGCAUCUUUGCCACUGAUUAUGCAAGAUAUAUGAAACAUACAUUAUUGAAUAUACUCUGUGUGGGGAAACUUCAUAUGGUUGCCGAAUUUGCUAAAAAUAGUAGCAGCUAUCCUAGUUCCAAUCUUACUUUUAAAUCUUACUCAAGAAUAGUUCAAGUCAUAUAUGGUCACUUUGACAUAGUCACUUGCAUCACUAAGUCAGAGAAUAAUACCAAUUAUGACUGUUACAUUGUUACCGGUUCCAAAGACUGCACUGUGAUGGUCUGGCAGUUCAAUGCUCGCAACCAAGCAAUAAUUGGAGAUAUUGGAACUGCUGAGAAGCCAACCCCGAAAGCUACAUUGACUGGUCACCAAACUGAAGUUAUAUGUGUGGCUGUUCUUUCCGAGUUAGGAUUGGUCAUCAGUGGUUCCAGAAAUGGUCCUUGCCUUGUUCACACACUGACAGGAGAUUUACUCCAAUCUUUAGAUCCUCCCAAAAACUGCUUCUCCCCAGAGUUGAUCACAAUGUCAAGAGAAGCUUUUGUUCUUGUGAAAUUUGAUUCAGGAAAUAUCUGCAGCUUCACAGUGAAUGGCAGGCUUCUACAGUAUGAGAAACACAAAGACAAUAUUUUGACGAUGAUACUAAGUCGUGGGGGUGAAUACCUGAUCACCGGAGGAGAAUCUGGUGUUGCUGAUGUUUGGAGAACUCACGAUCUUACUUUAUUGUAUUCUUAUCCCAAAUGUGAUGGAAGUAUUCAUUCACUCUCACUUUCUCAUGAUGAAAGAAUAAAAUAUUUAAUCAAUGAAACUCUACAGAAGACUCAGAAAUUGAGUAAAAGACCGCAUAUUGUCAAUGUAUUUGUAUCUCGAAAGUCUUAG